UGCAGCAUGAUAUUGUUUUCCAAAGGUUACUCUCGACGUACACCUACAAUGAUGGUGUUGGAACUAUUUUAUUGGAUAAUGCGAAAACUCGCAACUCCUUAUCGUUGAAUAUGAUGAACAGUAUCCAGCAAAAUAUAAUAGAUAAUCAACACAACAUGGAUGUGCGUUGCAUAGUUCUAGCUGCUAAGGGUAACGUAUUUUCUGCAGGACACAAUCUUAAAGAACUAACGGCAGAGCAAGGAUCGGAUCUACAUAGCCAGGUUUUUCGAAAAUGCACAGAGCUAAUCAAUGUCAUACAUUCCGCACCAAUUCCAAUUAUUGCUAAAGUCGACGGAUUGGCUGCUGCUGCAGGAUGUCAGCUCGUGGCCUCUUGUGAUAUAGCCAUUUGCAGUGACAUCAGUACGUUCUCUACUCCAGGGGCAAGUUUUGGCAUAUUUUGCUCUACUCCAGGAAUCGCUGUUGUACGGGCUGUUCCUCGUAUGAAAGCUGCAUACAUGUUGCUGACCGGGCUUCCAAUAAAUGCAAAUGAAGCUCUCGAAGCUGGUCUUGUUAGUAAGGUAGUUCAAAAAGAUUGUUUAAACGAUGAAGUAAAAAAUGUUUGUAAUGCAAUUGCAUCGAAAAGCCGUGCCGUCAUUACGCUAGGAAAAAAAUUCUUUUACGAACAAAUUAUUUUGGAUAUUUCCACUGCGUAUGCACGAGGUGAGCAAGUUAUGGUUGAAAAUCUUGCGACAAGCGAUGGACGCGAAGGAAUAAACAGUUUCGUCGAAAAACGUCCGCCUCAGUGGAGUCACAAAGGAUGAAAACUACGCUGUAUGUUAUACACUGCACUCCGUAAAGCAUGCCAUUAAAUAAAGUAACUGGUCUAA